UGCCUGUCCAGGAUCCACCACAUCUCCUCUCCUUGCCUCGCUCCGCUUGCAAUCCUACAAUGGCCACCUUUGUCUCGCUCGUCACUUGCCACAACUGCAGUAAGACCUCAAGGCGUAACGCAGCCAACAGAGACUAUAUGCUGGGUUACUCCAAGAGCUACUGGGUUCCCAGCAGUGCCUGCAAACACCGGACAGCUGGACUCGGCUGGACUCUACAGCCGGGGAACAGGGGACGGUCACCCCUCGCUAAGUUUGCAGCUGGUCAGAACUCUCGAUCUGCCCUGCCAAGGUCAUCUUCCACUGAAUCCAGCACUUCUUCAUCCUCCAGCACAGGCAGUAUGAAGAAGUCAGCACUGGGCCACCUGAGAAAGUUCCUGCUGUUCGGCAAUGAGCAGAAGAGAGGAAGAGGAGGGCUGAAGUUCUUCCUCCCUGCACUUUGAGAGUCCCAGAGACUCUGGUAUCCAUGACAACAGGCUUGGCCAAUGAUUUGGCCAACAGUUUGACCCCCUCUCGGUGCUCUGAACGGUGAGCAGGGACUGAGGAUGACUGUGCCAUCCAGCCAGUGCAGUGGCUCUGGUUUGAGUAGUCUCUGUGGGAAUGAUGUGAUGAGACAGAGCCUCCCUGCUGUGUGGCCACAGUACCUCAGUGGGUUAAAGAUCCCAACAUGAAGUCUCAGGCAUCUCUCUGCACAUCUGAGA